AUGGGUUUCUGUAAGUUUUCCAAAUUUAGUUUUCUCUUCUUGAUUAUAGUACUACUCAUGGUGUCUGGCCAAGACACUGCGGCUAGCAUUUCGAGUGAUCAAUCUUCACUUCUUUCAUUCAUGUCGGGGAUUGUUUCUGACCUUCAAUAUGCUCUCAAAAAUUGGAAUUCGUCGAGUGUUCAUGUAUGCAACUGGUCUGGUGUUGGAUGCAAUGUGGAUAGAGAUCGAGUGGUGGAGCUCGAUCUUAGUGGCUAUUCGCUUCGAGGCACCAUUUCACCGGCACUCUCCAAUCUGUCUUACUUGGCCAUUCUUGACUUGUCAGGUAAUUUCUUUGAAGGUCAUAUUCCUGCUGAGCUCGGAUUGCUUUCCGGGCUCAAACAGCUAAGUUUGUCUUCUAAUCUUCUUCGAGGGAACAUCCCCACACAAUUUGGUUUUCUUCACAAAUUGGUGUAUCUUAAUUUGGGAAGCAACCAACUCACCGGUGAAAUACCCGUGCCACUUUUCUGCAAUGGCUCUGCUUCUUUGCAGUAUAUAGACCUUUCUAACAACUCCCUUAGUGGGAAAAUACCUUUGAGCAAUCAAUGUGAGCUUAGGGAUCUGAGGUUUCUUCUUCUUUGGUCAAACCGGCUCGUGGGUCAAGUUCCUCAAGCCCUUUCAAACUCUUCGAAACUUGAAUGGCUUGACUUGGAAUCAAAUUCACUAAGUGGAGAAUUGCCUUUGGAGAUUGUACAUAACAUGCCAAUGCUGCAAUUUCUCUACUUGUCAUACAACCAGUUUGUGAGCCACGAUGGUAACACUGACCUUAAACCUUUUUUUGCUUCUUUAGUAAAUUCCUCUAACUUGCAAGAACUAGAAUUGGCGGGAAAUAAUCUUGGAGGAGAGAUUCCUUCUAUUAUUGGAGAUCUCUCUACUAAUCUUGUACAGAUUCAUCUUGAUGAGAAUCUUAUUUAUGGUUUUAUUCCUCCUGAUUUUUCGAAACUUGUCAAUCUCACACUCCUGAACCUGUCUAGUAAUCUCUUGAAUGGCUCAAUCCCACCUGAACUGUGUCGAUUGGGACAUCUUGAGAGGCUUUAUUUGUCGAAUAAUUCACUCUCCGGCGAGAUUCCAUCGGCCUUUGGUGAUGUUCCCCACUUGGGUCUUCUUGACUUAUCAAUAAACAAGCUCUCUGGUUCGAUUCCAGAUAGUUUUGCCAAUCUCUCUCAGCUAAGAAGGCUCUUGCUCUACGAAAACCAGCUCUCGGGAACAAUACCACCAAGUCUAGGCAAAUGCAUCAACUUGGAGAUUCUAGACCUUUCUCACAAUAGAAUUUCAGGGAUGAUUCCAAGUGAAGUUGCAGGACUAACUAGCUUGAAACUGUACUUGAAUUUAUCUAGCAAUCACUUAAAUGGACCAAUACCACUAGAGCUGAGUAAGAUGGAUAUGGUGCUAGCAAUUGAUCUAUCAUCAAACAAUCUCUCUGGCACGAUUCCUCCACAAUUGGGGAGCUGCAUUGCUCUAGAGAACCUGAAUCUUUCCGGUAAUGUCUUGGAAGGCCCUCUUCCGGUAUCAAUAGGCCAGUUGCCUUACCUCAAAGAACUCGAUGUAUCCUUUAACCAUUUAAUUGGAGAAAUACCACAAUCUCUGCAGGCAUCUUCAAACCUUGAUCGGCUCAACUUCUCCUUCAAUAAUUUAUCUGGAAAUGUACCAACUGAGGGUGCCUUUUCGUCGCUGACCAUGGAUUCUUUCCUAGGCAAUCAUGAGCUCUGUGGUUCGAUAGAAGGCAUGCCGAAGUGCAGGAAGAAAAGGGGACACCAUUUCUUGUUCUUGCCAAUCGUACUUGCACUAUUUUCCAUUGCCACGUUUUUCAUAUUCGGGUACCCUCUAGUACUCAAGCUACAAUUCAGGAGGCAAUUGGCAGUAUUUAAUAUUGGGGACUUGGAAGGUGAAGAACAAGAAAGGAAAGAGCACAAAUACCCGGUGAUCUCUCACCGACAACUCAUUGAAGCCACCGGAGGGUUCAGAAGCUCAAGCCUAAUUGGGUCAGGUCAAUUUGGCUUUGUCUACAAGGGAGUUCUUCAAGACAACACAAGAAUAGCCGUGAAAGUAUUGGAUGCGAAGACAGCUGGAGAGGUUUCUUGCAGCUUUAAGAGAGAAUGCCAAGUCCUAAAGAGGACUAGGCACAGAAAUUUGAUAAGGAUCAUAACAAUUUGCAGCAGGCCAGACUUCAAAGCUCUUGUUUUCCCACUCAUGCCGAAUGGGAGCCUGGAAAGGCAUUUAUAUCCAUGCCACGGGUCAAGCCAUGGACUGAAUUUGAUUCAGUUGGUUAGCAUCUGUGGUGAUGUAGCUGAAGGGAUGGCUUAUUUGCACCAUUAUUCUCCGGUCAGAGUCGUGCACUGUGAUCUUAAACCGAGCAAUAUUCUGCUUGACGAUGACAUGACAGCCUUGGUAACCGAUUUUGGCAUUGCAAAGCUGGUAAAAGGCAGUGAUGAUAAUGUUUCUAAUCAUGACACAGCUUCCUACAGCUCUACAGAUGGCUUGCUGUGUGGUUCAAUCGGUUACAUUGCUCCUGAAUAUGGAAUGGGAAGGCAGGCUUCAACACAAGGAGAUGUUUACAGUUUUGGAGUACUACUGUUAGAAAUUGUGGCCGGAAAACGUCCUACAGAUGUCCUUGAUCACCAAGGUUCGAGCUUGCAUGAAUGGGUGAAGAGUCACUAUCCUUACAGGCUCGACCCCAUAGUUGAAGAAGCAAUUGCAAGGUGUGUGCCUUAUGCCACCGGGGCAUACCAUGACAAGAUAUGGCGCGAAGUGAUCUUGGAGUUGAUUGAACUUGGUCUGAUGUGCACACAGUACACUCCUUCAACUAGACCAACUAUGUUGGAUGUAGCGCAGGAGAUGGCUCGGUUAAAGCAGUAUCUUUCUAGUCCUUCCACCCAACUCAUUGAAGAUGAUUCUGCUAAAGUCAGUGCUCUCUGA